GUUUUCUCUUUAGAAAAUAUAUUUCCAAUUUUUUCAUUAUUAUUCUUUAAGUUUAGGUGAAAUCAAAUUAAUAAUGUCUCAUGCCGGUAUUAAACGUGUAACACUAAACUAUUUAACUCCAAGUUCAACUGAUUUUUUGAUAGUUGGUGUUAUUAUAGCCAAAAGGCCUCCAAAAAGCUUUAAGAGUAAAAAGGAUGGUUCGGAUCGUGGAGUUAUGGGUUUCACCUUGAGAGACUCUCCAGCAGAUUACAUAAAUGUUACAGUUUGGGGGAGUAAGAUAUUUGUAGAUAAUUUUAAUGCCUGUUAUAGAGUUGGCGAUGUUGUUGACUUGAUAAAUACUAAAGUCAUUAUGAGAAAGCCAGAAGAUAGAACAGACAUCUUUCAACCUCCAGUUACCAGUUGUAUGGAACUGGUAUUUAACGAGUAUCAGUCUGAGAUAAGUCCGCAUGACCUAGAAGACUGCUUGGAAUACAUAAAGAUCCUUCAUCUACCAACGAAGCCACCUGGGAACUUCUUGAAUCUUGCCGAUAUUAAAGCGAAUGGAAAACUUUUUAAUGGCCAAUAUGUGAACAUUUUAGUUGCUGUGCAGCGAAUUGGAAACAGAAGGGACAUGAAGAGCAGAGCUGGCAAAGAAAUCUCUAUUCUUGAAAUAGUAGUCAUGGAUAAGACUAGCUCUGAUUUCAUGGUUCAAACAUGGGAAGAAGAUAUUAUACAAAGAGGUUCCGGUUGGAAACCGAAGGAUACAGUUUUGUUCCUGUCUGACAUAAGAGUGGAAUGGUCAGAGUUUCGCAAGGCGAUGGUCGCCACCAUCACGAGCCGAUCUGUAGUUACAGAAAAUCCUUCGACUAGGGAGGCAGCUAUACUGGCAUCGUUUGCUCUCACAGUUCCAAUUCAGACACCGCAACUUGUGGAUAAUAUAGCCAACACUAUGGUAGAACCUGAAACAAUAGUGAAUGUGAUGUCUUGCGCCACUGUGAUCCGUCAAGCAUGGUCUGGAGAAAGCUCCGAUAGUUUCACUGCUCUGGUCUUUGCAGUCCUUCAAGCAUUUGAUAUUGAUGGCUUUAGAUCUGUUGUCGUCAGGAAAUGCUCCAUUUGCGGCUGUCCAUCAGAGGGCAGCAUCUGCCCAAGGUCUGACUGCAGCGAAGGACAGCCAACACCAGCCUAUGACCUGCGGAUAAACCUCAUCGACCAUACCGGAAGGCUUAGUAACUGUCGACUUACUGGAAACACAGCAGUACAAGUUAUUAGUGUUAAGCCAGAGGUGUUUUUGAACUUGAGUAGCGAUGACAAAACUCAGUUCAAGUGGCAAUGGUUGUUGAAGAAGGUAAGCGCUCGGCUUCUUAUCAUGCCAGUAGGCCCUGGAAGACUCGCUCCUCUCAUUUCUGUGGUCGAGUUGAAGAGGAUCACUAUAGCUGAAUAUGCCAGUAAGCUGCCUGUAGCUUAA